UUGCGAGAAUUAGCAAGUCCCGCGCUUGCGCACUGCAGCGGCGGCCAGCGGCGCGGCUGACGCGUGAAGGAGGUCUAGCUAGUGUGAAGGCCGGUUCGGCCUUGAGCCCCUGCCACCAUGAGUGGGACCUUAGCGAAGAUCGCGGAGAUCGAAGCCGAGAUGGCUCGGACUCAAAAGAACAAAGCUACAGCACAUCACCUUGGACUGCUUAAGGCUCGCCUUGCUAAGCUUCGAAGAGAGCUUAUCACUCCAAAAGGUGGUGGUGGUGGUGGGCCAGGAGAAGGUUUUGAUGUGGCCAAGACAGGCGAUGCUCGAAUUGGGUUUGUGGGUUUUCCCUCUGUGGGGAAGUCAACUCUGCUAAGUAACUUAGCAGGAGUGUAUUCUGAAGUGGCAGCCUACGAGUUCACUACUUUGACCACAGUACCUGGUGUCAUCAGAUACAAAGGGGCCAAGAUCCAGCUCCUGGAUCUCCCAGGUAUCAUUGAAGGUGCCAAGGAUGGGAAAGGUAGAGGUCGUCAGGUCAUUGCAGUGGCCCGAACGUGUAAUUUGAUCUUGAUUGUUCUGGAUGUCCUAAAACCCUUGGGGCACAAGAAGAUAAUUGAAAAUGAGUUGGAAGGCUUUGGGAUUCGUUUGAACAGCAAACCCCCCAACAUUGGCUUUAAGAAGAAAGACAAGGGAGGCAUUAAUCUCACAGCCACUGAUGGUGCAGACAUUUGGAACAAUAUUUCUACGAAUUAGUUGCCAAUAUCUUGUGCUUUCAUUUAUUUAUCGUGACUUAUAAAGAACUAACCAGAGGCUAAGGAUUAUUUUAAGCUCUGGACAGUGACAAAGGGAGGGAGGAUAUAGAGGAAGGCACAAAGUAGUCACGGACUCUGGUUUUGGGUAAGUGAACAGUUACUGAGGAAAUAAAUAGACUGAGAAGUUUAAGAUGCAGAGGAAAGUAGAGAAAGGGAGGAGGCUGGAAUUGUCCCCUCCCCACACUGUCUGUGGGCUUCAGACUUACAGUGAACUCCAGCUUUUCCUGCUUCUCUGCCUCUUGAGAGCUGGGCUGAAAAGUGUGGCCCAUUGUGCCUGGUUUAUGGGCUUUCUGGGGAUCGAACCCAUGGUUUUGUGUAUCCUACCUAAGUGCAUUUUUACCUUUUCUUUUUUUUUUUGGAGACACAGUUUUUCUCUGUAGUACUGGACUGGAACCUGCUUUUUAGACCAGGCUGGCCUUGAACUCAGGUCUGUCUGCCUCUGCCUCCCUAGUACUGGGAUUAAAGGCCUGUGUCACCACGCCUGGCUUUGGGGCUGCCUUUCCAAGUGCAGUGUCAGUGAAAUAUUCCCUGGUGACCUGAGGGUGUCAAGCAGUCACACAUCCUGGGGAGUUUGUUUGGUGCUGGUGAGGUGCGAGUUCCUGCUGUAUAGACAGGAAAAGCGAGUGAACAAGCCUGGAAAAGUAGCCAGAAACAGCAUAGGCUGUUCACUGUGUUCUGACCCGCCCACCCAGUAACCUUGACUGACUUGCAUGCUUUUGAAUAUUUUUAUAAGUUUUUAUUCAUUUUUUAUGUGUCUGAGUGUUUUGCCUGCAUCUAUGUGUAUCACAUUUGCAUAGUAACUGAGGAGACCAAAAGAGGGCACCUCGUCCCCUGGAGUCUCAGACCCCUUGUGAGUUGGGGGCUGAAACCAGGUCUCCUGCAAGAGCAGCAAGCGCUCAACUGCUGAGCCGUCUCUCCACCCCAGCCUUUAUUUUUUAGUUUACUUUAUUUAAAAAGAUUUAUGUAUUUAUUUUAUGUAUAUGAGUAUACUGUCGCUGACUUCACACACACCAGAAGAGGGCAUCAGAUCCCAUUACAGAUGGUUGUGAGCCACCACGUCGUGGUUGCUGGGAAUUGAACCCAGGACCUCUGGGAGAGCAGUCAGUGCUCUUAACCACUGAGCCAUCUCUCCAACCCUAUUUUUUUACUUUAUAUUUUAGUGUUUUGAGACAAGGUCUCUUAUAUACCAGGCUGGCCAUGAACUUGUUAUGUUUCCAAGGCUUACCUUUAACUCCUGACUCUCCUUUCACCUCUUACAUGUUAGAGUCAUAGGCAUAUGAUACCACACCUGACUUUUAUACUCAGGUUCUAAUGCAACCCAAAUAAGCUUCUGUGUUGAAUUGUUUUAAGAGAUAGAAUGAAGGAACCACAUAAGAGAGUAUUACAGUGGUUCUUUGAAGAACUAUGUCUUGGAGUAUACUGGCAUAUUCCUGUAAUUUCAGUAGUUUGGAAAUGGAGGCAGACCAAUUGUAAGAUAGCUUGGGCUACAUAGCAAAAUCCUGUCUUAAACACUAAAGGCUUUGGUUGCGCAGUGGUGGUGGUGCACGCCUUUAAUGCAUCAGUGGGGAGGCAGAGGCCGGUUGUUCUCCUGAGUUCUAGGGCAGAUAGAACUUCACAGAGCAACCCUAUCUUAAAAAAAAAAAAGCAACAACAAUAAAGGUUUUAUUUUUAUUUCAUGCAUAUGGCUGUUUUCUCUGCAUGAUACAUUAGUGCAUGACUUGUAUGCUUGGUGCUAGGAGGCCAAAGGAUGGUUUUUAGGUGGCCUGGAAGUCUCUGGAGACCAUAUUGGUUUUGAAUUCAAAAGAGCACUUUGAAUUCAAAGAGGCUUUCCUCUGCCUGCUGAUACUGUCAUUAAAAAUGUCCAUCAUCAAAGCUAGAGAAUGACAUCUUUUUUAAAAAAAAUUACGUUUUAUUUUGUAUAUGUGUGUGGGAGUGGUGAAGUGGGUGUUCAUUGUGGUCAGAAGAGGAAUUGCAGACAUCAGUUUUCUCUUCCAACUGUAGGUCCUGAUAAUUGAAUUCAGGGUGUCAGGCUUGGCAGCAGGCCCCUUUGCCUACCGAGCAUCUCACCCUGAAAAUGUCUUCCUUUUAUUUUGUUUUAAUUUUGUGUUUAUGUGGAGGGGUCCAGUAUUUGCUUGUGAGUUCAGGUGCCCAAGGAUCAAGAUGGUGUCAGGUCCUCUAGAAUUAAGAGUCACAGGUGUUUGUGAGCCUCCCUAGGUGGACACUGGGAAUGAAUUGUGGUUCUCUGCAGUAACAGUAAGUACUCUUAACUGCAGAGCCAUCCCUCCAGCCCC